AUGAAAGAAGAUCGAAAAUAAUAAAAAAAUAAUGAAGGAUUGUACUAAUGGAUUGUUCUUACAAGUUUUUGCUUGAAUUCGUAUCAAAGAAUAUAUAUUUUAGAAUAUCAAAUAUAUUUAUGUUUACAGGAAUAACACCAAUUUGGUCUGAAGUGGCCAUAUAUUAUGGCACUACUGACUAUGAUUUAAAUUGGUUUACAAACAUGUACUACAUUACCUUAAUAAUAUUUACCUUCCUAUUCAACCCAAUCAUAAUUAAAUAUUUUGGAAUCUCGUAAUUAUUAAGCUGUUGCCUAACAUCAUUAGGACUUUGGCUGCUAUAUUACGUGAAAUAAAAUUAUUAGCUGGGACUUUUAAGUUUUGGGUUGAUAGGCUUAGGUGAAGCCUUCUAUUUCUAAGUUCCUUUGUGUAAUAAAUUAACUAAAAAUAGAUUUAUCCAAGCUUUGGUUCGCGCAUGAUCAAAGAAUUAUAUCAACAUUUAUUGCCUAAUAUUCAAAUAAUAUGGGAAUGCUCUUAGGAUAUACGAUUUCAUCCAUAUAUUUUAAUGAGGUAACACUUAUAUUAAUUUAGAAGAUUGAUGAAAGUGAAUUCGACUAACGAUUCGAAAACUUGAUUUUAUUUAACGCUAUAUUAGCUACCAUUGCUUUGGGAUGUAACUUAACAACUUUAAAAUCCCCUGCAAUGCAUCAUGAUAUUAUUGAAAUCAGACUUUCUAUCUGGGAAUCUGUAAAAAAAAUUAUUAUGGCUGAAGAAGCUAUAUUCGAUUUUUUAUCUAUUUCUUCAUGUAGAUAUCUUUAUAUUCUUAGUUAUAGGAUUAAGUUGGUGCUACACAAUGCUAUUCGGAACUCAACAAUAUUAUUUGGGCUAAACUUAUUUUUAAGUUACUUAAACUAACAUAUACUUCUAAGUUGGGUAGAUAGUGGCUGCUGCUUACUGUACAUGGAAAUUAUAAAGGUAAUCCAAAGCAGGAAUUCAAUAAGAUUAUGAUAAAUAGAUAAAAACAGUAAUUAGUUUAGGAUUUUGGAUGCUGGUUUUCGAAAUAAUUUUAUUUGAAUAUAUCCCUUUCGUAGUUUUAGUUUUCAUCAAUUUCUUCAUUGGAGCAGGCCUAGGAGGGAUAUAUUCAGUAUUUUUGGAAUCCUUAAUGGAGAAGCAUUUUCCAGUUUAAGAAUUGGCAAUUGGUUCUGUUUUUGCUGCGGUUGCUUGUGUAAUCAAUAUUAAUAAUUUAGACUGUUUCUAUCACAAUAACUAUGACGUUAGUAAUCCCUAAAUUUCUUCAGUAUGGAUUUCAAAUAUCUUGUUAUCUGAUGAUCAUACCAUUUAGCUACAUAGCUAUUUUCUACAAAACUCAAUUUCGAAGAUUUGAAGCCGAAGCUUGA